GGCAGAGAGGGGUGGAGGACACUGAGAGGAGGUCAGUGGAGGGAUUGGCAGAGAGGGGUGGAGGACACCGAGAGGAGGCCAGUGGAGGGAUUGGCAGAGAGGGGUGGAGGACACCGAGAGGAGGCCAGUGGAGGGAUUGGCAGAGAGGGGUGGAAGAUACUGAGUGGAGGCAAGUGGAGGGAUUGGCAGAGAGGGGUAGAGAACACUGAGUGUAGGUCAGUGAAGGGAUUGGCAGAGAGGGGUGGAGGACACUGAGUGGAGGCCAGUGGAGGGAUGGCAGAGAGGGGUGGAACACUGAGAGGGGUGGGGAUAGGCAGAGAGGGUGGAGGACACUGAGUGGAGGCCAGUGGAUGGAUUGGCAGAGAGGGGUGGAGGACACUGAGUGGGGGCCAGUGGAGGGAUUGGCAGAGAGGGGUGGAGGACACUGAGUGGGGGCCAGUGGAGGGAUUGGCAGAGAGGGGUGGAGGACACUGAGUGGAGGCCAGUGGAGGGAUUGGCAGAGAGGGGUGAAGGACACUGAGUGGAGGCCAGUGGAGGGAUUGGCAGAGAGGGGUGAAGGACACUGAGUGGAGGCCAGUGGAGGGAUUGGCAGAGAGGGGUGGAGGACACUGAGUGGAGGUCAGUGG